AUGUCAGGAGCGUCGACGACCACGGUGGCAGCCGCGGUUCUCCUUGCGCUUGCGCACGCCGCAGCAAGCGCUCACGGACAUGGGAGUUGGCAACAGACCGGUGAGGCCAAGGUGCCGUAUGGGUGGUUUGGCUUCUCGCCGCAGGGCGUGGCGGUGGUGGGCGAAGAUGGCGCUCCGGCGACAGGCGUCAUCUUCUCGGGCAAGCAUCUGCUGCGGCGGACGAGUCUGCCGGUGCCGGCGACAGGCAGCGAGAUGGCGUACGCGACCGAGGUGGAGAACAGAAAGCCCAUUCCGCCGGAGCUUGCUGUCGAGGGCUACGAGCACAUCGGUGAUGUCGCCGCCGCCUUUGACACACUCUACGCGCCGAUCGAGAAGCAGGCGACGUACACGGCGCCGGUCAUUGCAUUCUACGAUCCGAACUCGCUCGACUACGUCGGCCACUACACAACGGCGCAGCACCACUGCCCGUGGGUGGCGGUUGAUGCAGCGCAUGGAAUCUUGUUCUCGUCCGAGUACUCGAAUGUGAGCUCGCUGUAUGCGUAUGCGGUAGGCAACGGCACACCGCAUACGCUCAGGCCGCUUGGUGCCGUCCCGCUGGCCGGCCUACCGCGCAGCCAGUGGCCAGACGGCAUCCAAGAAGCACAGGGAGGAGUUGUGGUGGCGCGCGGCAACAACACGCUGCUGAUCAUGUCGUCGUCGGCAAGCUUGCAGCCGGUCUUUACCUUUGACAUCAGCGGCGUGGCGAGCGGCGGCGCCGCGCAGCUUGUGGCAGCGCAAGCGACGGGCGUCGGUGGCGAGCCUGAAGGGGUGAGCUUUUUGGACGGGCACCUGCUCGCGGUGGUGCACACGCGCUCACUUCUCAGCAACGUGAUCCUGCAGUACGGCAGCGGGCCGUGAGGUGGCUAAGGUAGGUUUAAGCUGUGGCGCACGGUGCUUGCAUCAGCGCAGGCAUCGCGCGCAGCGCGCAAAGAUGGAGAGGCGGCUAAGCGCGCCAGGGCGGCGCGCUCAGUGGAGGGCCUGGCCAGACGGG